CUCUCGCCCAAUAUUGAGCAAUAGGUAUCUGAUACCAUGCCUGUACCAUUUGUGCGACCUUACGAUUCAGCCCGAGAUUUUGAGAACGGUCUUCACGUCGUAAAGUUCUUCGUCACGAUCGAGCCCACAUUGGAUUGGGAGCCAACGCGUACAAUUGGUUCUUAUCUCUGGUACAGAGGUUACGUGAGCCUCACACCCGCUACUUGUUUUGUGCUCGACGAUGGGAACGAACGCGCUGUAGGCUAUUGCAUUGGCACAGCCGACACGACAAAAUUUGCAGAAAGAUGGCGGCAGGAAUUUGCUCCCACAGUGGACCCCCAUCAAGUUCCAAGGCCUGAUGUUCAGACUGAAGACCCGUUGAUGGAGAAGGAGGAGACCAAAGGCUUCAGACAUGCAAUGCACCACGCUGAGUGCAGUGCUCUACAAGCAUGGCCAAGAGAGCUGGAGAGGUACCCGGCGCAUAUGCAUAUCGAUAUUCUGCCCGAGUUCCAGAGGAAAGGGUGGGGUUCGAUUCUGAUCAACACACUGUUUGAUGCAGUGAGACGAGAAGGCGCACCUGGAAUACACUUGGACAUGGUCCGGUGGAACACAACCGGCAGGCGCUUUUACGAGAAGAUUGGUUUCAAAUCAUGCUCUUUGGUGCUAGACAAUGGGAAGAGCGGAGAGACCGGCGUGAACGAUGUGGUUCUGACGUUGGUGAAGACAUUGUGCGGGAAUUGUGUCCAAUUUCACCGCAACGCCCACAGCGUCCUCCUGUGCGCGCCCUCUUUGCAGUUGUCUGUUACGAUCAAAGGGCAACCCGCAACAACACUGAACGAACAGGACUAUGCAACGAUACAAGAGGAGCCGAGGAUCUGUAGUAUUGAUCGACCCGAACAGUUAGGCUGCGUCAGUAUCCUUGGUACGAACAGUAUACUCAGUACAAUCAAUAUGCUCGCUUCAUACAAUACAACCCCAGUUCAAUCCUUCGAUUUUCCCUGUCUGCGCACUUUCCACGAACCGCAACAAACAUGCAUACUACAGCCACUAAGCAGACUCUAUGAAUCUUCUUGACCUCUCAACAAAUGUGUGAACCCGUCAGGUUGCCGUAGGAAGCUGUGACAUUUUCGAUAGCUGUUGUAUUACUAUGACGUAGAAGCCAACAGACGUUGCAGGCAAGAAUUUGGUAUCCGGCAGAAGCUAUGUAGUCGUCGAACGCAUCCAAAUGCCAGGGAAAAGCUGGUCAAUCUCUCUCUCGGAACGCCAGGCUCCCUUAAAGGCGUACAGUGAAAGCGAGCGAUCUAAGCCGGCUACUGCGAGAAGACCGGCGCCAACGGCUAGAGAGCUCUGCGUCAUCAUACAUUGUGGUGAUUGUGGUCUUUGCCUACUGAUGAGGUAAAUGAUGGUGUAACAAAUGAGUGUAGCAAGCG